AUGGGAAGAGCUUCAGGGAGUCGUACUGCCGUCGAGGCAAUUGAUCUGUAUUGUAGGAAAUCCAAUGGACGUGCUUUGAAAAGAUUAGGAUCAUGUAUGGGGGCCAAUAUUGGUAAGAAUAAGUCCGAAGGUAGGACAAGCAUAGUGGAUCAAGCUGAAAAAUUGGAAAAAUUGAGAUUACGAAAGCUGCAAGACGGAGAAACCUCUAUAACCGCUAUAGAUGCCGGGGUUUCGAAUUUUGCCUAUUCUGUUUUCAAAUGGUACAAGGGUGACGAAUUACCGACGUUGGUGGAUUGGAAUAAGAUUAAUCUUUGUCAAAGAUUUUUGGGGAAGCAUCGUCUGAAGAUGUCACUGGAUCCAAUGGAUACUUGGAAGGUGGGGCAUGGCCUUUUGGACAUGCUUACUAGUGAAUUGGCAAUUUCAGACCUGUACGUUUUAGAAAAACAAAGAAUGAGAUCAUUAUCAUCCAAAAAUGUGAUUGAAUCUGUCCUUUUAUCGAAUGUUAUGGAACAUAUUCUAUUUUCUAAUUUAAGGAAUAAACAGAUCCAUGGAAAUCUUAAUACCGACUACGUCGUGCAUUCCUCUAGUCCUCAAAAGAUGGCCCAAUACUGGUGCGAUUUAAAAUCGUUAAAAACUCUUUAUAAUAGAUUUACACAAUCAACAGGUUUGCAACCCCAAAAAGAUUUACCUUUCAACGACGCAGAUAAUUUUCAUGCAGCUAAAACGAGCAAAACCAUUAGAAUUAAUUUGGUGAAAACCAUUUUGAAAAAUGCUAUUGCUCCACAAGGUUAUAAAAAGUGUAAUCUGACACCACAUUGGAGGUCGAAUGUAGAACAACAGUUAAAUUCCCAAAAAAGGUUCAAGUUACUUGAUUGUAUUGGAUCGGGUCCUGAAUUGGGUACGAGGAAAGACGACGAUUUAGCAGAUUCUUUUCUACACGGAUUAGCAUGGAUGCAUUGGUCAAAAACUUACGAAGGCGCUUCAGAAAUAGUUAUGAAAAAUGGUGGUGUUUUUGAUCAAGAGAUAUUGAAAGAUUUUAACGACUAUUGCAUGUCAUUAAACACUGAAUGGUCCCUCAUGUCCUCCCAGAUGAAAGGUGAAUUAGCGGAAUUAAACCUCGCGAAUGACUUGGAAACGUCAGAGGAAGAAGAAUAUACAAACUCUGCCAGAAGUCGGAAGAGAGAAAGUAAAUUUUAG